AAUUCUAAAACAGAAUUAUUAUUAUGAAUCACCAAAAUCGACCUGGUCCUUUAAAUGAGCAUGAUUAUUAUAGUACAAGGGAACACACAGAGUCUCAGCAGAAUGAAUCAUCCCAGCAAGAGGUUCAUGUUGAUGGACUGCAAGUGGACAAUUCAUCUACAGUUCUAAAUAAAAUAGCAAAAUUAUAUGCAGAUAAGUUAAUGAAUGAUGUCUGCCUGGUGGUUGGUGGAAAAGAUUACCUUGCACACCGAUUGAUAUUAUGUGCCUCUAGUGAAGUCUUCCAUGUUAUGCUAAUGAACCCAAAUUGGACAGAAUCACAUAACAAAAGAAUAACAUUGCAAGAGCCAUCUCAAUGUUGUAAUGUGUUUGGUGACUUUUUGGCAUAUCUCUAUACAGGACGUAUACAAAUCUCUCAUGCAACUGUGAUGCCAGUAAUGGCUUUAGCUGACAAGUAUAAUGUUCUUGAUUUGAUGAGCCUUUGCAAAAAUUUCAUGAUAGAAAACAUCCCAUCUGCUUCAAGAUGCAACCAACUAAUGAACUGGCUACAAUACAGUUUCGCGUGUGGCCAUCAGCAGUUGGCAAAUGCUUGUCGUGACUACGUUCGUUGGAACUUUCAGAGCGUGGCAGCUCAGGACGAUUUCGGAACCUGCGAAGUGGAUGUCUUAAUAUCCAUAAUUCAAAUGGACGAUCUAGCUAUUUACGAUGAAAUGACCGUUUUCCACUGUCUAGUCAAAUGGAUAGAAGCACAGGAGGAUCCAAACGAAAACCUUGUUCGCCAGGUUUUUUCAUAUGUACGAUUCCCAAUGAUGACCCCGAGACAAUUGGCCGAUCUGCUUCUUUGUUCCCUGACGCAACGAUACAAAGAAUUCUUUGUCGAGCGCAUGGCAAUCGCUAUGGCAUUUCAUUCAGGUCAAAAGGAGCACUUCACGGAAGCAUUGCUGCAGCAGAACAGCCCUGAUUCCCAGUUGUUCACCCCACGCCUUUACACUUCUGAAAAGUGGGGCACUCACAUAACACUGGAAAACUUCCCAUCUUUGCAGCCCUAUCAUACGCGAACUCUGUUGCUCUCUUCUCCAACGUCGUGUGCCGACUUUGAGACAGAUGCCUAUGAAUGGGUAAUCGAAUUUUCGCCUAAAGGAGUAUGGUUCCGGCCUUGCUGUCUAAUUGUUUGGCAAGGGAAUAUCGAAAUUCCAGAAACAGUACUGCGCACAGUACGGCUUUCCGUCAUGCUUAAAGAACCAAACGAAGCUCACGUUCGCGUGGCUGUACUAGUUUACGGCGUACAUGGGGGAGUGGAACAUGUGCGGAGUACCACGGUGCGAAAUUUUAUAUUCUCACCGGAAGAGCCCGUAUUACGAUACGAGAACCUUCUUCCGUAUUCUGAUAUCAAUCCGGACAGGUUUGAUUGUGGCCAGACGCAGCCGAACAGUCCACCAUCGCCUUUCCUAGUUGGACCCAAGCGUGAUACGCUUAAGGUCCAACUAAUCAUUCUACCUCAACGACCGUAUAGGCGUAGAGAAAGAUGAUACCUUAGAAGGGGAACCGUCCAAUGAAUAAACCAAAAAGAAAAACAGCACAAAAAUAUUUAUAUAAAAUAUAACUUGUGUUUACCAUACUUGUUCAAGUGAAUUCUGCUGAGUUUGGCUUCCAAUGAGAGUAAUUCUAGUUUCACAAAAACGACACUUGUAUUUUAUUCUCAUUGAAAUAGAUCCGUCAAUGUGUUCAAGGUC